GUCUCUUCCUCGUCGGUGAGUCCAUUGAGAGCAGUCCCAGUCGGUUCAUGUUAAUGUAACCAACAUUCUCGUGCCUUAUCAACCCUCUUCUUUCUCGCACGAUGACAACUAUUCAGGAGACAAAGGAGCUCUUCAGGAGAGCAGAUGCUGUCUGCUUCGAUGUGGACAGCACAGUCAUCAAAGAAGAAGGCAUCGAUGAACUGGCCAAAUUCUGUGGGGUGGGGGAUGCGGUCAGAGAGAUGACUCGUAAAGCCAUGGGCGGCUCGAUGACGUUCAAGAAGGCCCUUACUGAGCGUCUGUCCAUCAUCCGAUGUUCCAGAGAACAAGUAAACAAACUCAUAACGGAUCACCCGCCUCAGCUGACUCCAGGCAUAAAGGAGCUGGUGGACCGUCUGCACAAGCGCAACAUGAAGGUGUUCCUCAUUUCCGGUGGUUUUCGCUGCAUCGUCGAACACGUGGCUUCUCAGCUAAACAUCCCCCUGCAUCACGUCUACGCCAACCGACUCAAGUUCUACUUUAAUGGUGAAUACGCCGGUUUUGACGAAGCUCAGCCCACAGCAGAGAGCGGCGGCAAAGGAAAAGUGAUAAGCAUGUUGAAGGAGCAGCACGGCUUCGAAACGGUGGUGAUGAUCGGAGAUGGAGCCACUGAUCUGGAGGCCUGUCCCCCAGCUAAUGCUUUUAUUGGAUUUGGCGGGAAUGUCGUCAGAGCUCAAGUCAAGGAGAGAUGUUCCUGGUAUGUGACGAGCUUCGAUGAGCUGCUCAAGGAGCUGGAGAAGAUCUAAACGCGCUAGAGGAGUUCUGUUACUAAUUUAACCUUUUAUAUAUUUGCACCCAAAGGUGUGCCAGGCAAGCUUUUUAUCCAGUACACACUCAAUAGACUUUUUUAUGAACAGAAGUAUUUACAGUAGACCAACUUCACUUUAAUGUUUUUUUUUUUGUACUAAAAAAGUAACCGAGCACUGUGUGAGUGGACAUUAAGUUUUAGUGUUUUUGCAUUUUCACAUCAGAAUCUGAUAACUUGUAGGUGUUACAUAAUGGCAUGUGCAAUGAGAACUGUACUAGAAAUGUGUUCAAUACUAAAGAGAACUGUAACCCGACUUGACUGUCAAAAACUGUGGCGACUUCAGUCCUUUAAGGAGAAUCCCAAUUAAAGACCAGAACGUGCCGUAAAGAAUGUCUGAAUGAUUUUAAUUUCUUUCCGCUCUCUCUCAUCUCCUAACAAUAUUUCUUCUUAAAAACAAAAUGAUAAAUGUGGAUCCCUUAAUGAUAAAUCAGCCAUUAUUACAGUACAACGCAGCAGAUUCACCCGACCGCUGAUGGACAACAGGUUCCCACGCUUAAGAAAUGUUGGAUUAAAAUCAGAUUUUUAAAACCAGGCAUGCCGUCUCAACAGGAAAAAAAAAAAAAGUUACAAACACAGCACCGGGAAGAGGUAACAUUGCUUUAACAGGAAACAUAAGAAUAAAACACAGAACAGAACCCGGAGUGUUCGUAACAGACAGCAAAUAUAAAAUUCAGAUAUCUGCAUUGUACGGUAUGUCUGACUUUACCACCUUGAUAGGUCACUGAAAUAUAUGUUCUUAAAUUAAGACGUCUGAUGUCGGUCAGCUUACAUCAAAGAGUCACUUUGUCAACACAUUUAAACACCAUGUACUCUACAUGAAAUAAAUAAAUGGCUACUGCACUGAGCAAUGAAUUUCAACACUACUAUCCUCGCCGCUCUUUUUUUUUUUUUUUUUUACA